AUGACCGACCUUUCGCUAUUCCAUCGGCCCUCCUUUGGACAGAAGAUCCAGAAUAUCCAGAACCCAGCUAUUGCUGUAGCACUUUUUGCAGCCAUGUUUGCUCACUCUGUCCGCUUCGAGGGCAGAUCGUUGGAUUUUACGCCGCCUACAACCGCCGCUCCACCAACUUAUGAUAUCGAAACUUAUACACACUUUCAAAAUUUGGCGUACAAGUUAGUGCAGCAGUCGCUUGACGAAUCAAGCGAAGCACUCAGCCAGGCUGCAAAGCUUAGCCUGCUUCAGGGUAUAGCACUUAUUACCUUGAAUGACUUCCUCAGGGGCGCGCAUACGCGGCCAUCAAGUCUGCUGGGAACGAGUAUCCAACUGGCGUACGAGCUUCAUCUACACCUCGUUGACUUCCAGGCUCCUGGACAAUCUCACAGCAUUGGGCCGAAUCUUUCACGCUGGGCUGCAGAUGAAGAAAGGCGGCGUUGCUGGUGGGCAUUGUGGAAGAUAGACAACUUUUCCAGUAUGAUUCGACGAUGCCCGACCGCCAUCAACGCGAGGCUGGUCGAGACUUAUCUGCCUGUUCCGGAUGUAGUUUGGUUCAAUAACCACUUCCAAGCAAGCUGCAUGCUAGAAAGCUUACCGCAGAAACGUGCGAAAGCUUUGAAGGACUCCGGCAAUGAAAGCCCUGACGCGUGGCAGAUUGUUAUAAGUUCAAUAGUCAGAGACGCCCAGACUCUUCCCAGGGGCAAUAUUCACGGCGUGCUGCUUAAUGUGGAUCUGACGAAUGCAACCACCGACCAGCUUUGCCAGUACUUUCGAAACUCCUUCCGCAAGAGGCAGACGCAAGAAGACCCGGCGCAAGUAGAAACACUGGUUGACUCGCUGCAGACCAUCACCGAAGCAAUUCCAGCGCACUUGACCUACAAUGGCGAGUAUCUCGAUUUUGGCUUCGAUGCCUUAACGGUCAGUCGAGAGUCGGAGGUUCGAUGCCUGCAUGCGGCCCAGUAUGAAACAUACUUUGGCCUGCAGCUUGCUCAGUUCAUGAUAUACCACAACCAUGCAUUUGAUGAGAUUGUCUCGGGAGCCAUAUUUGCCAGCAACACGGCACGCGCUGGAACUUGCAGUUCAGAAUCGGCCCACCUACCGCAGGGCCUAGGGCACUGUCUACAGGCGGCAGACAAUAUAUGCGCUAUUAUCUCCCAGUGUCCAGCCGACCAUGUCGCGUAUGUAAGUCCAUAUCUCGCAAGCACAGUCUGGCUGGCUGCUUCUCUGCAAAUACUGAGAGAUCUCUUGGUGGUGGUGACGGACUGUGGUGAAACACACUCUAAAUACGCACUCCUCCGUGCGGUCUUUGAGCAAUACUCGGCGUUCUGGGGUACAUCACCCGCACUGCUCGAGAACCUCGACUCUCUAGAUGCCCGGAUUCGCGGGUACUGCCGGGCUACAGCCACCACAACAACCUCCUCCCCGGGAAGCUCUGUGAGAACAGCUCAUCCUCUGCAACAGGGGCGAUACAUUGCGCAGGAUAACUCCUUCGACGAACUUUCCAGCGGUUUGGCUUCUACUCCGGAGGAUGCAGAGCAAUUCUCGAGGGAUGGCUGCAGUUCAAGGACCCCUGCUGUUUCGACCUCAGCUUCUCGCACAAGGGCUCAGCUUGAUGUGAUUUAUGACGAUCACUUGCCAAAUCUUUUGAACUUUGGCUGGGAUACCAGCGUGCCUGGUGAUGUACAUCCUGGCGAGGAGCUUUUCAGGUGUCUUCUCAGUGUACUUUGA